UCACUUCAUAAAGGACACAUUAAAAGUUAGUUGAGGUGUUUGGAAGGUUUUGAUCGUGGAGGAUGAAGAGGCUAGCGAAGGGAUGGAAGAACAUUCACUCCGACUCCGACGACGAAUUCUCUCUUCCGACCAGCUCCGAUUUCCAACCCAUGGAUACCGAAGAGCAGGAGGAACUUGUUAGGUCACUUGAACGAUCUCAAGCUCAACAAUCUCGGUUUUGGCGGAGCGUGUUUGCGGGCCUGCUUUGUUGCUUUGUGGCGUUUCUCAUUUUCUCCAUUCAUGGACAAACUACAAUGCCCUGGGAAUUGCGUUACCAUGCGUACUUCAUGGGUGAGAUUGAAUCAUGGCUUGUGAUUGCUGCAGAUUGGGCAGCAGUAUUGGUGUGUUCAUUGGCAAUUGCUGGCUUGUUGAAUAAUUCACGAUCUCGUAGACGGUUUCUUUGGUUCUCUUGCUGUGCUGGCGUUUUGUUAGCAGUUUUCUGGUUAUAUAAUAUGCUAAAGCUGGAUAAAUUCAGAUGGGAUGUUAUUUGGCUUCCUCUUGGUCCCUUGAGUGGAGCCGGGUUUUGUCUCUAUGUGGAUACGCUUCUGAACGAGUCAUCUGAGGAAGUUAAAAAACUCAGAGGCUACAUGUAUGCCUACAAGUCCCGUUGACUCGGAUUACAAGUGACGGAUUUCUGUUUCCUUCUAUGGCAAGGAGGUAGCCACGAGAUGUGUCGAAUUUGUUAGAUUAUAAGCAUGAUUCCAUGAGGCGUAAAGAAUUUUGCAUCAAGUUUUAAAGACCAUAGAAAAUUUUGUACAUUAGGUGGAGAUGGAGAGGAAUGAGAUUUUGUUUCAUGAAGGUUGCAUUAAUAAAUAGUGGACUUGUUUUUGUUCCUUA